AUGGAGGUGGCACGACGAGCUCAAGCCUCUGCGCAUGGCAAGAGGCUCUUUGUGUCCGGGGUGGCCAACGGUGUGAUGAAGACCGACCUGCAGCGGGAGUUCGGGGAGUUCGGCCACGUCACGGACAUCGAGCUGCCUUUGACCGCCAAGGGCGUCGCCUUUGUGGAGUUUGACUCCGCCCUGGAUGCGCAGGAUGCGCUGGAGGGGGUGACCGGGCGAAAGCUGAAAGGGAUGAUCCUGAAGGUGAAGAUGGCGGACGUGCAGAAGACCGGCAAGGAGGGCGGCAAGCCAGACAGGGAGGCCGGAUCGGUCCGAUGCCCGGCCGGCCCCGGCUGCGAAUCGCUGGGGGCUUGGCAAAAGCUGGGUGCACGGCUGAGCGAGUGA